UCAUUUUCUUUUUUGCAGGAAAUUUAUUCAGGGAAGCUGAUCAACACGUUCUAGUGAACAGAAUAUGGGAGCAGGUCAGAGUGGCGGUGGAGCCCCGCAGGCAGUACCAGAGAAACUGAUAAUGCCUGUUGAAGACCCAGGGGUGAAAUCAACAGGAAGUUGUCCAAUUAAGGAAGGAAGUGCUGGGGAAGAGAAGAAAAAGCUGAAGCCUUGUUGUGCCUGCCCGGAGACUAAGAAAGUGCGAGACGAAUGCAUUAUGCAAGAAGGUGAAGAGAAUUGUCAGCAUUUGAUAGAAGCGCACAAAGCUUGCAUGAGAUCCCUGGGAUUCAACAUAUGAUCUGUUCAUGAAUCUCCAGUCAUGAAGUGUGAUAUGGUCUGAGUGAAAUUGUCUAGUAAAUCUAUUUAGCAACCAGUUGUUGAACUCAGUUGCGUUGUGAACGAAUAAAAAGUCAAUUGGUUAAUUCACUGAA